GGGCGGCGCGUAGCCGUCGCGGCGCUGCUGCUCAGCCGCUGGGGUCUUCGCAACUGUCUUCGCGCGGGGCGAGCCUCGACUCUCGUUCUUUCCCUGGCGGCAGCGGCCGGAGGGAGCGGAGUCUAGCGUGAGGCGGACUCCAUGGAGAACGGCGGACGCCCGGGCAGAGGCGGCAUUUCCAUCUCAGUUCCCCGGCUCCAGUGACCGACGCUCGCAUCCCGCACCGCGUCCGAGCAGCCGCUGGUUCCGGGACUGACUGACCGACCGGCCUCGCUGCGUCCCCCACGCCGCUGCCUCGCAGACCAGCGCGCUCGGCGCCUCAGCGCCGAGACUUCCCCUCGCCCCACUCCUCGGCGGGGUGGCGGCGGCCGGGCCCCCGCGGCGGCGGUCGGAGCAGCAAGAGCCCGCCUCUAUGAUGAAGUUCAAGCCCAACCAGACGCGGACCUAUGACCGCGAGGGCUUCAAGAAGCGGGCAGCGUGCCUGUGCUUCCGGAGCGAGCAGGAGGAUGAGGUGCUGUUAGUGAGCAGCAGUCGGUAUCCAGACCAGUGGAUUGUCCCAGGAGGAGGAAUGGAGCCCGAGGAGGAGCCUGGCGGUGCUGCCGUGAGGGAAGUUUAUGAGGAGGCUGGAGUUAAAGGAAAAUUAGGCAGACUCCUGGGCAUAUUUGAGCAGAACCAAGACCGAAAGCACAGAACAUAUGUUUAUGUUCUUACAGUCACUGAAAUAUUAGAAGAUUGGGAAGAUUCUGUUAAUAUUGGAAGGAAGAGAGAGUGGUUCAAAGUAGAAGAUGCAAUCAAAGUUCUCCAGUGUCAUAAACCUGUACAUGCGGAGUAUCUGGAAAAGCUAAAGCUGGGUUGUUCCCCAACCAAUGGGAAUUCCAUGGUCCCUUCUCUUCCAGAUAACAAUGCCCUGUUUGUAACCGCUGCACAGACCUCUGGGUUGCCAUCUAGUAUAAGAUAGAAAGAAUUGGGAAGACCUCUCCCUCCGUGGGCAGUGUCAUGAGGGGAGGCUUCUUUGUAUUCUUUGGUGAACAUCUGAAUGAUGCUUGCAAACUGUCUGAAUUUGCCAUGCAAGGUUUUCAAACAAUUUGCAUGUUUUUCAGAUGCUUUCAAAUCUUCUUUAAAAAAAAAAAAGUAGUGUAAAAUAUUUUAAUAAGCCAAAGCCAUGUGGAAUUUCUUUUAGAUGCCUUAACUGUGCCCCACCCCCCAUGUUAUUUUGGUUUUGUUCACAGCAUUUUGACUUUCUGUCCAUUUAACAUCAGGAUGGUUUAUUUUGUUGUAUCAAAUUAUUUUAGGGUUUGUUUUCUCCCCAAAUUUUCUCAUUCACAGCAUUAACAUACUCAAUAAAUCCUUCUGUGGUGGGAAUUAAUGAAAAAUACUCUUGAUAUUAAAGGAAUCUAUCCAUCCCCAAAAUUGAUUUAUAGGUUCACAAUUUUAAUUUAUAAAUUGCAGAUUCAGGCUCUUUAUGAUCCAAUAACUAUUUUGACAAAAGAUUUAAUUUGCUUUUUUCAAGGGAUUCAUUAACUCGUUUGUCUGAAUUUUCAGUAGUAGCAUUAUGUCACUAUACUUGACAAUGGCUACUGCCCUUAACUCAAUAGAGUUGGUAAAUUUGGGGGAAACAUUAGUAAAAUGCAUGUAGUAAAAUACACUUUACCAUGAAAAUUACAUUCAUAGAAUUUGAUUUAGCAUGCUAAGUUCCUAGGUCCCAUUAACUAUAAUAUCUCAACAUAGAAUAACUCAGAACUAUAUUUCCCUCAAUGUAAAUUGCUCUUACAACAUAAUUGCAGUUUUUCAAAUCUAGUGUGACACCUCUUCAGUUACACUUUUAUAUUUACCAGUAACCACAGGAGUAGAAUCUAACCUUACAUGCCAGUCAGUCGUGACUGCUACACAGUUGGGCGAAAUGGCCUUCUCGCUGUUCAGCUGUUACAGACUUAAGAUUGUUAGGACACCUUUGAUUGUCUCAUCUCUCUUAGGUUGUCAAUCGGUACUAUUUAUCACAGAGCUAAUUUGGGGGCAUUGGAACAUAACCUGAUCUGGGAAUUACUUUGUCUUAUACCUGUCUUUAUACUCACCUAAAAAUCAAGAAUCCCAUCUAAAACACAUAGGUACCUUGUCUGAAAUUUCUGCACUUCCCCAUCCGGGUCAGGGUGAAGUGGGAGGAAAAACCCUUGACAAAGAGGUGAAGUGGGGGAGAGUGAAGGAUCAUUUUGUAGCCUUUAGCCUUUUGUAAAUAAUUAUCACUAGUGACUAUAAAGUAAAUAAGUAUAAUUAAAACAUUUGUUCUAUCAAUUGUUAAUCUUUCAAAAUAAAAUUGCUGCUAAAAAUACAGUGCUGUUACACCUAAGGAAAAUUGGUGCCAUUUUGAAAAUGAGAUCUUGUGCCAUAAAUGCAGCUGAGCUAAAUAAAAAUUGUUCCCAAAUGAAUGCUGUCCAAGGAAUGAGUAAAAUAGAAAAACUUUCAACCAAUGACAUUUCAUUCUAAAUUAUGUAGUGUGAUCAAACAUAAUCAUCCAGAAUUUUUAUAUUUUUCUUGUACAGAGAUUAUAUAUUCUGGGUGUUUUCUAAAAAGGAAAUAUUUCCAGUCCUAUAAAUUGAUACUUUCUAUAUUUAAUGGACUAAGAUUUUUCUGUCAAUAAUCUCUGAAAUUUCUUUAAAUUAUAUGUUUAACACAGCAGAGAAACUGGAUUGUUUUUGUAUAUAGAUUGCUUCCACCUGAAAUGCUGUCACAAGUACUGGGGGGAGGGGUUAUCUUGUACAUGAUAUUCUUAGAGGUAAUAAUGCAUGAACUUAUUUUAUAAAAUCUUGAACUAUGUAUUUGACAUGUAAAAUAUGUACAGUGUUAAUGUCAACCAUCUCUUAAAAGUUAGCCUAUAAAUAUUGUUGUAUAAUUUUCUUUGGUCAGAAUUUGGACUGAGUAGUGCCACUGGGUCAGGUUUUAAUUCAGUUCCAUUUAGCAAACAAACUAUCUUUAGUCUAUGCAACUAGCAAAAAUUUGUAUAAUGCCAACAGAAAACAGUUUUCACACUUUAUUCUUCUGGAACCCAGUCUAGCAAAAUCAGAGGGGAGGCCCUAAAUAGAUUACUGUAAAGAGAUAAAGCCAAUAAUAUCAGGCUUAAUAUUUGAAUGUACUAAAGAUAACAAAUAGCGUCUACUAUCUCAACCCUCCAAAGUUUGCAGAGUGUUGGGACUGUCAUGUGUGAUUUUUUAAUUUUUUUUGGUGAGGUAGUUGAAUAAAAUUGGGCAGCUAAAUCUUUCCGUUCCAUGUGCCUCCUAAAUAAAAAAGAAAAUAAGCAGUUAUUGUGGAUUGACUUGCAGACAAAGUAGAAAUUGUCUUGCAUGGUUUUUCUUGUAAACAGAUGACAUUUUCCAACCAGGCACAUGGCAUCCAAUUUUGUCAAUAACACAAUUGUAUAAAGCAGCAGAACCUAAGGAGAAAAAUGAUUGUUGUACACACUGAAUUGCUUUGCAUGGUCUCAUUUGACAUAAUUGGUGUAAGAAUCUUAACUUUUUUUUAUAUUUGGAAAUAUCAAAUAAAAAAUGAAAUAAAUGA